AAUCCAACAUGGUUUCCUUUCAAAAUUUGUGACAUGUGACUGCAAAAAAACACUAAAAUCUGGCAAAAUCUUCAGUCCAAGCUUUAUUUGACCUUACUUUAAAUAAAAUGGAAAAUUCUCAAGUCAGAGAGGUAAUGCGCCUGCGGGCCAUCAAAAGUCUUGUGUUUUCCAUCUGGCGAUUACCUCUCUUUGUGGCGCUGUACCUUCUCUUGAGCUAUGUCAGCUUCCUGCAUCCAAUCAGUUGGAUCCAAGGAACUUUCCGGACCAUAUUCACUUUGUCCAACUGGAUGUACAUCCUGCUGAUUGGAUUGAUCAACAGCAUUGUUGCCAUAAUAAGCUGGAAGCAUUUCACUGUUGCCCCUGUGGUGCGCACGACUCGCCUUGAUCUGAUCCUCAGUGUGGUCCAGCCAGACCGCCUUCUUCAUGCUGCCGGCCACGCCGUUGCAGGCGGUACUCUCACCUGGUGCUAUGCUAAUCUCAUUGGGGGACGCUAUGCAAAUCUGAUUGCGUCAUGCUCAGAGAAUCAAACAAGUAAUGAGGAAUAUGAAUGUCUGAACGAACAUCACAUCUUUACAGUUUUCCAUGGCGCUUUUGUUGGACUUGUUUACUCGGUUCAGUUCUUCCUCCAGCAGAACAACUACAUGACCUUCCCAGUUAUACAGCAACCUAAGUCUUUUCAAGUUCAAAACAAGCGUCUGCCACUCCUGCGUAAAUCAGCCUCGACAAUUUUCCAACAAGUCAAAUAUUAUUACCUGUUAUUCUGGCUGUUUGGCGGGAUACCGAAACACUGGAUGCUUCACACGCUAGGACUUGGAACAAGCCCAGGCCCAGCGGUCAACUCGCUGCGUGGCUUCCUCGAUGCCGGCCUACUGUGGCACGUCCUAGUGACAGGUUUUGUCAUCCAUGCGACCUGGAGCUUCAGCUCUAUGUUAUACAAGAUUUACAAUACGGAGCCCGUAGUAUUUCCUGUAGAAACUGCCUUUGAGAAUCAUGACACAAUGUGUCUCCACGAGGCCCUGGCUUGUUUCCGGCAGCCAUUAUUAAAGUACCUGGGUUACUUGGAUUUGUUCUUGCUUUCGAAGUAUUCAGAUAAACGCCGUAAACAGAUAUUUCGCCUCAGUCAGCCAGGUGGCCACCCCCACAACUGGAACUACAUAGUGACGGAAUGCGUGUCUUCUAUAAACGCAUUGACAAACUCAAUCACGGUCUACAACAACACGAGUCUUACUACAGGACCAAUCAAACAUCUAAGUGGAGACAAAACUCCGAUGAGGCCUACUGAGACUAACAACAAUCCCCUGAAUGGCGACUUCCACCACAGGCAUCCUGAGUCUCUCACAGCUGCCAAUGGCGGAAUUAUUACUAAUCCACCUCCUGCCAAACAAGUACCUAUGCAAGAAAAAUUUCUAAAUGAAUUGAAGAAGAAGCCAGUGAUAGCAUUCUUCCUUCAGGACAUCCCUGAUAUGUCGAGUAGACGCCUCUUUGUUGACUGCCAAAAACAGAUCUGGGCCUUGGAAGCUUUAUCGGAGAUGGUUGCAGCAUCUUAUAAUGAGGAUACAUUUGGUGUUGUUCAGACAUGGCUGCCUGAAGUCAUCUCUUCUUUACUUUCCUUACAGGAGGGUGUGGACAAGCAUUUCAAGCUGGCCACAAACAUGGUUAGACGUCCCCCAAAGGGUACAGAAACAAGUGAUGUGGCACUACGCUAUGCCUUAAAGACAACACUGAAAACAGCUAUUUAUAGAAUUACAGAUCGCUUUGCUGAUCAUCUAGAGCAUUUCAAACUUUCUGUUGAGCAUCUCAGAAGACUACGGAUGUUUCUGGAUCACAAAGAGUGAGUGAGCAAAGCAAGAGCUCGUUAAGAUGCAUUUUUUGUCAAUGGAUGUCUGAUCUCCCGAUUUAACCAUAAUUGGAAAUUUUCAUUAAAACUUAGGGCCACAAAAAUCAAGGGGUUUUCAAUCCAGUGAUUGCCUCAGGGUGUCCUAUAUUGCCCACAAUUAUAAGCAACCUGAAUAUUGCUGUUCAGCAUGGUCACUGAAUAAAAGCACCUGUUGGCUUGAGCCCAAAAUUAAUUUCUGUAAACUUUUGUAAAUAAAAUAAAUGUCAUCAA